AUUGCUGCCCCUGUUAAGUUUACGUCGAUGUCUAGUGCUAGGCUAAAUAUAGGCCGAAGUACAAUGCCUGGAUUGCCGAGCAGAACUGAGUUAUUUCUUACCACUCUGUGAACUGGAAUCAACCUACUUACGACUUUGAAAGAUGGAUCUCACAACAGUGCUGAUAGCCUCCGGUGUUGCCCUGUUUGUUUACUUGUGGUUUCGACGAUCAGACGACAAUUACCCUCCCCAGCCUUGCAGGCCCCUUCCCGUGGUGGGGCAUCUGUUUAUCCUGAAAGAUGACCUUCGACCUCAAUUCAAGAAAUGGCACAAAGAAUUAGGCGACAUUUUCAGCCUAAAGAUCGCUGGAAAUUUGAUGGUGGUGUUGAACAGCUACGACCUGAUGAAGGAAGUCUUGCUCAAGAGGGCCAACGAGUUUUCCGACAGACCACCGUUCUUUGUAGACAAGGCUCUGGGGAUGGAGCAGAAAGGGAUUAUAUUCUCUAACGGAGAGACCUGGAAAGAGCAAAGGACCGUGACGCUCUCCAUACUCCGCAAAUUCGGUAUGGGCAAAAAUGUCUUGGAGCAAAUCAUCCUGGAAGAGCUGACCCAGUUCCAAGAAUUGAUCAGCGGACUCAAAGGUCGUCCUGUGGAUAUGAGGAUUAACAUGAACAUGGCGAUGGGGAACAUUACGUUGACGCUGUUGCUAGGAGACAGAUUUGAUUACAGUGAUGCCACGUUUCAAAAAUUAAUGCAGAAUUUUAAUGAUGUUAUACGGCUUCUCAAUAGCAGCCAAGUGGUUCACCAUUUUCCGUUUCUAAUGAAACUUCCUGGAGAUAUUUUCCAUGCCAAACGUGUUCAGGUGAUCACUAGAGAAAUUAUGGAUGUUAUUUUGAACAAGCUCAUUAAAGAAAAAAAAUCCGAAAAGCUUGUGGAAGGAGAUGCCAAUAACUUUGUGAUGGCCUAUCUGGCAGAACGUGACAGGAAGCUGAGAGAGGGACAGGCAACAACGAUGGAUGAAGAAAAUCUGGCCAAAAUCUUUGCUGAUGUUCUGAAUGCAGGAGCAGACACGACAAGCACGGGUAUGUUGUGGUGCAUGCUGUAUGCCAUCAACUUUCCGGAGGUUCAGGAGAAAAUUUUCAGGGAGAUUGAGAAUGAAAUAGGGCUUGAGAAAGCUCCGACCACACAAGACAAGACGAAACUGGUUUACUUAAAUGCUUUUCUUGCUGAGGUGUCCCGCCUCGCAAGUGUUGCGGCUCACUCCUUUACUCAUUGCUGCCUUAAUGAAACCACAAUUAAAGGCUACAAGAUCCCCAAAAACAGCAUGAUCAUACCCAAUCUGGAUUCCGUCAUGUACGACAAAAAAAUCUGGGGCAACGACGUCAUGAGCUUCAAACCAGAGAGGUUUAUCAACCAAGAGGGAAAACUUCAAAUCCCUGAACAGCUGAUACCUUUUGGAAUCGGGAGAAGAAUGUGUCUAGGCGAGGGUCUCGCAAACGUCGCCAUUUUUCUCAUCAUGGCUUCUUUGUUUCAGAGAUUCCAGCUUCGGCCUAAAAACAUGAGCUCCCCGCCCCCACUGAACUAUAUCUUUGGUCCAGACGUGUCACCAGCUCCUUUCGAAGUCUGUUUCGUUGACAGGCGACAGAAUUAAAAUCUAGACAUUAUAAUUAAGACUCAACAAAUGAUAAGACAGGCAUGAAUUAAAUUUUAGCAACUUUAUUAUUGUUAUAUCUUAACAGAAACAAUUAAAAUUAUAUAUAUAUACUUAUACUUACAAACCAAGAGAGAGAAAGAGGACUGUUAAGUCUAUCUGUAGAGUGAUCUAUUUUAAAACAGACAGUAAAGACAUUACAAUUGUUUAAUUUAUGCUUUAAAAUCGUUUUCAGUAUUGUCCUGUAUUACUUUCAAAUCUGUCAUUAACUAUACUACGUUAAUUUAAAUGUAUAGGACUCUUCUUGUAUUCUAACUUGUAUCAAUUAUAUCCCUUGAUGCACUCUAA